AUGCUCGAACCUGGCUCCAAUCUCGUCGUUGGAAGCCACACCGUAACGGUUGUCAGAUUCCUCUCGGAAGGUGGCUUUUCUCGCAUCUACGAGGUCCAGGCACAACAGCGCGAUGCUGAAAAUGAAGAAGGCGUCGAAACUGUGCCCCCCAAAGCCCACAUAGCUUGUCUUAAACAGGUCAAAGUAGCCGAUAAAGCAGGACUCACAGAACUUCGAAAAGAGGUCGAUGUCAUGCGUACGCUACGAGAUGCACGCAACAUCGUCAAGUACUACGACCUGAAUGCGGAAAGAAUGCCCGAUGGCACAUACCAGGUGCUUGUUUUAAUGGAAUUAUGUCCCAACAAAUCAUUACUCGAAUACAUGAACGCCCACAUCCGGGAGAAGUUGACCGAGAAACAAAUCUUGGCUAUCAUGAUGGAUAUUGCCAUUGGUGUGUAUGAGAUGCAUCGGAUACAGCUCGUUCACCGAGACAUCAAGAUAGAAAACGUGCUCAUUGAUGCCAAAAACCGCUUCAAGCUUUGCGACUUUGGCUCUGUAUCCACUGCAAUCAGACCUCCAAAGGAUCAACAAGAGUUUCAGAUGCUCAGCCACGAUAUCAUGUACCAUACUACGCCGCAGUAUCGGGCACCAGAAAUGCUUGAUUUGACCCGUGGAAUUACAAUAGAUGACAAGGCCGAUAUUUGGGCCAUUGGCUGCUUUCUCUAUAAGCUUUGCUACUAUACAACGCCAUUUGAGGCUGCUGGCGAUAUUGCAAUUGUUCACGCCUCGUUCCAGUUUCCACCAGACCCACCGGCUCCCCUGUACUCGGGUGACUUGAAGAAUCUCAUUAUCAUCAUGCUUCAACAAGACCCACGUUUUCGUCCUAAUAUUGUUCAAAUCAUAAUGCUUCUUGCGAAAAUGUGCAAUAAAGACUAUGACGAAUUGCAGAUCGAUGACUUUACAAAAGCUGGUCCGUAUGAUUUCCAUGCCUUGCAUGAAAUGCAACGUGAAAAGCAAAAGUUUCUCAUCAAGCAACAGCAGCAACAACAGCAGUAUUACUAUGAGCAACAGCAGCAACAGGUCCAAUCGGCACAGCAACAAGCCUUGAAAGAACAACUGGCCAGAUCUGCUGCCUCUCUGCGUGCCAACCUUUUGGACAGUGCCCAUGCAGAUGCAGCAUCAGCAGCACCUGUAGCACCAGUCGCGGUAGGAAAUGUCGUUGCCUCGUCGCCAAAUAACAUGAUCCCUUCAGAAGUGCGCCGUGGUCCAAAACACAGUGUUCCCACUUUCAAUAAACCCACGCAUCUUCUCAGAAGUAAUGGCUUUGCAACUCCCUCGAGACCUUCUAGUGCGGUUGAGCAGCAUGUUGAUGUUCCUAGCCAAGCCAGUCCGUUGACCUCCGAGCACAGUAAUCCAUCCGUAAUUCACUCUCCUAAUUCGAACACACAUCCCGAGUUGGAGCCAUCAGAUGAUUUAGAUCUUCUGGACUUAGGAAAUUUGGAUGACAUUGAGAAUAGAUACCCUACCUUGGAUGCUUUGGAUCAUGCGGUGGCCAGUCCUUCGGCGAAAGUUCCAAAACUGCCUUACGCAACCUCCAAUGAGAACCCACCUGUGAACACUACAAAUCACCAGAAAAAACCCUCAGAGCUCGAAAAUGUGGAGGCCUGGGAGAAAUCUCACUCAAAUACAAUUGACAGAGAAGCCGAGAAACUCGUGAGUGACAUCUUCCAACAAGGUAAUUCUACGCAACCUAAACAACGUGAAGGCUCCGCAUCUGAGAAGCAUGAAGAUGUGAGUAGACACAACUCGCAAGCAAGCACGAAAAGUCACACUCGGUCGUCUUACUCUGCUAAUCCAGAGCCGGUGAAAUCCGCUGUUUCGGAACUACAGCCUCCCAUUGAUAUACCAUCUGGUAAAGUAGCAGCUCCUCACGACUUCUACCAAGCGACUGACAUGAAUCCAAGUAUUAGCACGCACUCCGUUUCUACUAAGAUAAAUCCACAAACCAUCCUGCCUUAUCAGCAGCCAAUCUCGCAGAAGACUCCGAACCAGAUUCCGGUAAAAGCAUCGUCCACAUCUAACCACGCACAGGUACCUGACUUCAUUCAGAAACAAUCCCCAGGCCCCGUGUCCUCAAUGCAAACAGUGCGGCCAAUCAGUAACUCUCAACAGGGCCAAGAUUACCAACACUUAGAUCCGCAGAACUACCAGACUAUGGCUAGUUCAAAGCAAACAAAGAGCCCCUACCAAGGUUCCUCGAAGCCCGCCACUAGCUCCAGCAAUCCAUGGGGAGAUGCACUCGAGAGAACGCCAAAGGCUGAAGCUAGAGCUCCUGCAGUGCACAACAACUUAAUCCCAGACUACGGGUUGAGCAAGCAGAUUCUGAACUUGACCCUCGAAGAGAAUACUCCGAUUUCCAAGAUGCCAUCUAGACACAAACCUAUUGAAACCAAUUUGAUUGAGCUUGAGGUCGGACUUUCAUCUUCUAGCUCUGUGAAUGUAUCGAGAGCGCUUUCUUCAAACAACAAAUCCAACAAAGACUUAUCUUAUCUGGAUGAUAUGUCAUUAAUAGAUAUGGAUAGCGAUGAAAUGAUACCUAGGGGCAGGGCUUCAGAGGAACUGACCAGGCCCUCGUUCAAAAAGGGCUACCCCGGGUUGAGAGAACCGAAUGUAAAUUUCCAGGAGGAAGUCAUUGAUUUUGCCUCGGACGACGAGAACAACAACUCAGAAAUGAGCCGUGUGGCGAUCCGGCAGUCGUUGAAGAAGACUCGGAAGGCCAGCGACCACCGGCGCAGUGACAGCGGCAUGAAACGCAGCGAGAGUUCGCAUAGGCGCAGUGACAGCGCCAAUGGGGGCGAGACACGGAAAAGACUCUCGUUUUUUGGGCAGGGAAAUUAA